AUAUAAAAGAAUAUAUUAUGAAAACGAAAAGAGUUGAGUAUUUGGCUAUUUUGGAGAAUAUUGAUGGAAAAUAUGAAGAUUUAUUUUUCCAGAAAGAAAAAGUGAAGGUAUUCCAAUUACAUGGUAUAAAAGUUUUAAAUUACAGUGAUUUGGUUAUUAAUGUUUAUGAUUUUAUAAAAGAAAUUUGUUAGAUAAUAACUAAGGUUACACAUAGUACAU